GCAAAAGGAGGCAUUUUUGUGAAGCAGAGCCCAGACUGGGAAGCAGGGCGGGCAGGAUCCAGAGCAGGGAAUCCCGUGGGCAGGGCAGGGAGGGAAGGGCCAGGGCAGGACAGGGUCCAGGGAGUGUCCCGGGCAGGCAGGGAGGAGCUGGGGCCUGGAGCAGGGCUGGGGCCUCCUCCUGUCCCGCUGCCAGCUCCCCUUUGGCAGCUCCCUCUGCUUCCCAGCCCCUUUGCGCCAGCACUGGAGCAGCACAGGGUCCCCGCCAACUCUUCCCAGCCCUCCUGCCUGCAAUUCCCAUGUGUCCACGCACUCCUGUUCUCCCUUUCCUGCCCAGCAAUGUCUUUAAUUCCUGCUGUUGUUUCCCACCCUGCACAGACCAAGAGAGCUCCGAGGAGAUGUCAACAGUGAAGCCCGAGAAGGGCGACAGAGAUGCCAGCGGUAACAGCAGCCCGAGCGCUGAGGAGGCCCAGGAGUCGCAGCCUUCCCCGCUGGCUCUGCUGGCAGCCACCUGCAGCAGGAUUGAGUCUCCCAAUGAGAAUUCCAACAGCUCCCAAGGCCAGCAAGGUGGGAGCGGCAGUGAGCUGGAUCUUACAGCUCAGAUCACCCAGUCUUCCAACGGCUGGCAAAUCAUUUCCACCGGCUCCACCACACCUACCACUUCCAAGGAACAAGGCAGCAACGGCAAUAAUGGCAACAAUGGCGGAGAUACCUCCAAAAGCCGUUCUGUGAGCACAGGACAGUACGUGGUGACGACCGCUUCCAACCUGCAGAACCAGCAGGUGCUGACGAGUUUGCCGGGAGUUAUCCCGAAUAUCCAGUACCAGGUCAUUCCCCAAUUCCAAACCAUCGACGGGCAGCAGCUCCAGUUUGCCACCACCCCUACUCAAGUCAACGUGCAACAGGAUGCCUCUGGGCAGCUCCAGAUCAUCCCUGGCACAAACCAGCAGAUCAUAACGAGCCGAGCGGGAACAAGUAACCUCAUCGCCAUGCCGAACCUGCUGCAGCAGGCUGUCCCCAUCCAAGGCGUGGGCUUGGCCAACAAUUCCCUGUCUGGGCAAACCCAGUACGUGGCCAACGUCCCCGUGGCUCUCAACGGCAACAUCACCUUGCUGCCCGUCAACAGCGUGGCUGCCAGCUUGGCUCCCACCUCCCAAACCACCACCUUGAGCAGCUCCGGCUCUCCAGAUAGCAGCUCCCAAACAGCCACCUCAGGCACGGCCACCAGUUCCACCACCACGGCCACAUCUCAGGCCAGUUCUGGAGCCUUUUUUACCAACGCCAACAGCUUCUCCACCACCACCACCACCAGUAAUGUGGGCGUCAUGAAUUUUUCCACCGGCGUGACGGUGGGAACCAACUCCCAGGCGCAAACACCCCAAAGACCCAGCAGCGAACAGAGCUCGGACUCUCUGCAAAGCCAAGUUUCUGGGGUGGCUUUGCAGUCGGGGCAGCAGAAGGAGGGGGAUCAGAGCCAGCAGUCGCAGCAACAGCAGAUCCUGAUCCAACCUCAACUGGUCCAAGGUGGGCAGACGAUCCAAGCCCUCCAAACCACCCCUCUCUCUGGCCAGUCCUUUGCCACUCAAGCCAUCUCUCAAGACACCUUGCAGAACCUGCAGCUCCAAGCUGUCCCGAACUCCGGGCCCAUCAUUAUCCGAACGCCCACGGUGGGUCCCAACGGGCAGGUGAGCUGGCAAACCAUCCAGCUCCAAAACCUUCAGGUUCAAAACCCCCAGGCCCAGACAAUCACCUUGGCCCCCAUGCAAGGAGUUUCCUUGGGGCAAACGGGCAGCACCAGCACCACGCUCACCCCCAUCGCCUCCCUCCCCAGCGGCACCGUCACCGUUAACGCCACCCAGCUCUCCUCCGUGCCAGGCCUCCAGACUAUUAAUCUCAGUGCCUUGGGAGCGUCUGGGAUCCAGGUCCAUCAGCUGCAAGGGCUGCCACUGGCCAUAGCGAACACCGCCGGCGAGCACAGUGCUCAGCUGGGUCUUCACGGCGCAAGCGGAGAUGGGCUGGGAGAUGAGAACACAGCUGUAGAGGAAGGAGAGACCAGCCUGGACUCCCAGCCCCGGGAAGGACGGAAAGUGCGGAGAGAAGCGUGUACCUGUCCCUACUGCAAAGACAGCGAGGGGAGGAGCUCUGGGGAUCCAGGUAAAAAAAAGCAACACAUCUGCCACAUCCCAGGCUGCGGGAAGGUGUAUGGCAAAACCUCCCACCUCCGGGCUCACCUGCGGUGGCACACCGGAGAGCGACCCUUCGUCUGCUCCUGGACCCUCUGCGGGAAGCGUUUCACCCGGAGCGAUGAGCUGCAGCGGCACAAGCGCACACACACAGGGGAGAAGAAAUUCGCCUGCCCCGAGUGCCCCAAACGCUUCAUGCGGAGCGACCACCUCUCCAAACACAUCAAGACCCACCAGAACAAGAAGGGAGGCACUGCCAACAGUGUGGCCAUGAACGUCUCUGCCGUCCCCAUGGACACCGGGGCCUUGGCAGAGGGGAACGGCGGGGCCACCCCUUCGGCUCUCAUCGCUACCAACAUGGUGGCCAUGGAAGCCAUCUGCCCGGAGGGCAUCGCCCGCUUGGCCAGCAGCGGCAUCAACGUCAUGCAAGUGGCCGACCUCCAAUCCAUCAACAUCAGCGGCAACGGCUUCUGAGGGCGAAACGGCCACGCAGGCACCGGCUGGCGAACGCAGCGAUGCCGGGCAGCGACGGAGCCAAGAGGCGAGUGGAGACGAAGCCGGGGAGCGGAUUUUUCACCACGAGGACAACGUCUUUUGUCGUCCUCCAGCACUAAAACCCAGCUCCUUCUUUCCUGGGAUCGCAGCCUUCCGUUGAGCUCUCCGACCUCCGGGGUCCGGCGACCACACACGAAGGCCAGAGCUAUAUGUAUAUUUUUUUUUUCAUUUCGGCUUGACUUUAUUAUUAUUAUUAUUUUCCAGCCCCUUUUUCUCCCUCCCUGAGAUCCAUCUGCCCCCUCCAUAGCCUUCAACGCCAACAUGCCUUGGUUAAAAAAAAAAAACAAAACCCAUACGAUCUUUGAAAUAACUUUUUAGCAAAAAAAAAAAAACAACAAAAAGCCAACAAAACCAAAAAAAAACCACCAAAAACACAAAAAAAAAAACACAAAAAAAAAGAGAGGAAAAAAAAAAGAACAGAUUCUAUAUUAUUAUUAUAUAUAUAAAAAUAUAAAAUGUGUUCGUUUGAGAGAGGAGAGGUUUUGCUGCGACCAUGGCUUGGUCUCUUUGAUGCCUUAUCUCGGAGCAGGGUGGAUCGGAUCCUCCGGAGCCGAUCGUGCGUUUUAUAGCGGAUCCCGAGUGGGGAAAAAGAGAGGAAGCAAAACCCACCACCUCCCUCCCCCUGGGUCAGUUUUGUCCGCUUUUGCUUUUAGUUUUUUUUUUUAAUUACGUUGUAAUUAUUUGGGUGAGGUUUAUGCUUUUUGCCCUCCUUCCAGCUUUUUUGUCCCCCCUCGCCCUGGACUUUGCUGAGCUUUCCUUUUCCAGCGCGGAUCCCUUUUCCAAUCCCCGCUCCACAGGGGCUGAGCGGUGGGGCCGGCGCAGAAUCUGCACGGUGCAGCGCUGCCUGUGGGUUCACUUGGACCCAGCACAGGGGGGAGAGGGUCCUCAGGGAGAUUUUUUACCCGUUGUUGGGUUUAAGAAGAAGAAUCUGGAAAACUCAGCGUCUCUGGAGCAGGACAAGCAGGAAACGGCACUUUCCCAGCCCUGAAGAGGUCCUAGCAGUGAGGGUGAAGCAUUGGAGGGGACACGGAGCCCCCAGCACCUCCCGAGGCACCUGGAGGCAGCUCCCUGGGCUUCUUCCAGACAAAAGCAGGUUGGAAAUGGUGAUAAUCCAGGGAAAACCCUUUUGGUUUUCCACAAACUGGCUUUUUCUGCCCCGGGAGGACGAAGCUGGCUCAGUCCCCUUCCGUUCUUCCUCCCACACCCUCCUCUUCCUGCUCCAUCCAGACAAAGGAGCCGAGGGGGAUGGAUUUCAUCUCAGGGUGCCACAAAGUACAUGGAGCGGCAUGAUUCCAUCCUGGAAUCCUGGCUGUGGAUCCCAGUUCCCCCUUGAAGGCUGCAGGGAGCCCUGGGGGGAAAUCCCUUCGUGCUUCCGAGCGGAAAGAUUGCUGUGAGAGGAGCUCUGAGUGGGAGAGGAGAGCUGAGAGCGGCAACGUUGCUCCUGGGAACGACCUUGGGAAGCAAAAUCCAAGCCCGGUUCGGAACUGGGAAGGAUCCAGUCCCAGUUCAGAGAUGGGAAGGGUUCAAACUCAGUUGGGAGCUGGGAAGGAUCCAGUCCCAAUUCAGAGAUGGGAAGGGUUCAAACUCAGUUGGGAGCUGGGAAGGAUCCAGUCCCAGUUCAGAGAUGGGAAGGGUUCAAACUCAGUUGGGAGCUGGGAAGGAUCCAGUCCCAGUUCACAGAUGUGAAGGGCCCAAGCCCAGUUCGGUGCUGGGAAGGGUCUGAUCCUCGUUGGGAGCUGGGAAUGUUGUUGAGCUCACGUUAGUGGUUUGGAGAGGCAGGGGUGGCCGGGAGCAUCCUGGUCUCGCUGGGUCACACUCCCAGGGUUGAAUUCCCCACCGCUGUCCUGCCCAGUCCCCGAGACGCCUCCUCCCACCCUGGGCUGCGACUACUGGGAAUGAGCUGAUGGUUUCCUCCGUUGGGCUGGAAAACUCCGGUUCCUCUGGACUGGAGUUGAACCCAGGGCUCCCAGGGUGGCAUUUCCCACGGAACCCCAAGCUCCCCCAUGCUUGGACAUUCCUGCAGAUGCCUCCUUCCACCUUGGCCGUUGGCAGAGCUGGGGGGACUACUAGGAAUGACCUGUUGGUUGCCCAAAUCCUUGUGUUAGGCUGGAAAACUUCAACUCCUCUGGACUUGAGUUAAACCCAACGCUCCCAGGAUCGAAUUCCCCAACAAACCCCAACUUCCGCACCGAACCCCAAGCUCUUCCAUGCUCUGAUGCUUCCCGGGAGCCAGGAAACCCCGAAAUCCACCCCAGCCCAAAUGUGAAAUGAAAAUAGGGGUUUUUUUUCCUUGUUUUUUUUUAAUUAAAGCAGCCGGAAGAAGCUGUGCCGGGAAGGGCCGGGAGCGCGGUGCCGCCUCCGGCCGGGCUCUCUCUGCUCACUCUCUCUCUCUUCUCUCGAUUAUAUAUUUUUGCAUUUGUAUAUUUUUAUAAUAGGAAACUUUAACGCCUUUGUAUUUUAAUAAUCGGUGAAGCACUAUGAGCUCCCCAGCGUCGGCUCCGUCUCCUUCCCCCUCCCUCAAGACUGGAAGUUACAGAGAAUUGGUAGGAAAAAAAAAAACCACCCAGGAAUUUUGGUUAAUUUAAUGGAUAGAUUUGCUUUUUUACCCCAUUGCUGAGCGCCCAUCCCCAUCUCCCCCUUUGCCCAACGGGAAUCAAAUGCCAAACCCCGAAUCCCAACCCUCAACGUGGGGGUUUUGGGGUGUCCGGGCUCUGCUCGGGGGAGCACUGGGGUGUCCUUGUCCCCUCCACCCCCCUCAAUAUUCCCCAUGAUCUCUAAAGGAGCUUAAUUUUCCUAUGGAAACACGGCUGGGAAGGAGAGAAGGGGGGGUUGGGAUGGAGCCGGGGGGGGGGGAGUCACCC